GUGGCUGUUGACGUGGUAUACUUGGACAGAGGGGUGGCAGUGGAUGUGGUAUUCUUGGACAGAGGGGUGGCGAUGGACGUGGUAUACUUGGACAGAGGGGUGGUGGUGGACGUGGCAUACUUGGACAGAGGGGAGGCUGUGCACGUGGUAUACUUGGACAGAGGGGUGGCAGUGGACGUGGCGUGGUAUACAUGGACAGAGGGGUGGCUGUGGACGUGGUAUACAUGGACAGAGCGGUGGCAGUGGACAUGGUAUACUUGGACAGAGGGGUGGCAGUGGACGUGCUAUACUUGGACAGAGCGGUGGCGGUGGAUGUGGUAUACUUGGACAG